CCGCCCGCCCGCGCCGUGCCGGGAAGAUGGCUGCCGCCGGCAGGGCCUGGUGGGCAGCCGCGCUGCUGCCGCCCUGGCGGCUGCGGGCCCCGCGCCGAGCCUACGGCGGUGGGGUAGGAGGAAGAGGAGGAGUCGAUGGCGGGAGCGGGAGCCGCCGUCUGCUGCUGGGCGCUGCCUUCGCGCUGGGCGGCGGCGCCGGCCUCUACCUGGCCGGGCGGCAGCACCUGCGGGAGCACCGGGCCGCUGAGCUGCCUGCAGGGAGCCUGCAGCUCACACUCUACCAGUAUAAAACAUGUCCUUUCUGCAGCAAAGUCCGAGCUUUUCUUGAUUAUCAUGGACUUCCCUAUGAAAUUGUAGAAGUGAACCCGAUAAUGAGGAAAGAGAUCAAAUUCUCCUCCUACAGAAAGGUGCCUAUCCUGCUAGCCAAUGCUGGAAGCCCUCUGCAAUUGAAUGACUCUUCAGUGAUCAUCAGUGCAAUAAAGACCUAUCUCAUUUCCAAGCGGAAUAGCUUAGAAGAGAUUGUGUCCUUUUAUCCUCCUAUGAAAACUGUGACUGAGCAAGGCAAGGAGGUGUUUGAGUAUGGGAAUAAAUACUGGCUCAUGCUGGAUGAGAAGGAGACAAAGCGAGUCUAUCCUGUCAAAGAAGUGAGAGUGGAAGAAAUGAAGUGGAGAAAAUGGGCAGACGAUUGGCUUGUUCACCUCAUCUCCCCCAAUGUUUACCGUACCCCCAGAGAAGCCUUGGCAUCUUUUGAUUACAUUGUCCGUGAGGGGAAGUUUGGCACCGUGGAAGGUUUCUUUGCCAAGUACAUGGGGGCUGUUGCCAUGUUCUUCAUUAGCAAGAGGCUGAAGAAAAGGCAUCACCUUCAAGAUAAUGUCCGAGAAGACUUGUAUGAAGCUGUUAAUGAGUGGGUAAAAGCUGUUGGCAAACAUCGACUGUUCAUGGGUGGAAACCAGCCAAACCUUGCUGACUUGGCAGUGUACGGGGUCCUCCGAGUCAUGGAAGGGCUGGAAGCCUUUGACGACAUGAUGGUUCAUACCAACAUUCAGCCUUGGUACCAGCGCAUGGAAGAAGUCAUUCAAAAAGCUGAAGUUGCAGUCUGAUGCCAUCUGCAUCUGCCUUCUUGAAGUACUUGCAUGGUAAAAGACUUCAGAAGGAAUGGCAUUUAUUUUCAAAGAGUUGAAUGAACUGGUUACACCUCAUGGACUGACAUGCAGGUGCAGAGACUGUCCCGUUUAGAAUAUCGAGUCUCAGUGAGCAGAAAGGAUGCGGCUGGGUAUAUGUUUGAACAUGGUAUUUGGAAGGACAGGAACAGGUAAAAGGAAGGGGUCUUGGACUCUAAUGGGAAGAAGAAGCUCUGAACUGAAAAAUGCAGCAAAUAGGCUUCUUUUAGGUGAGAGCCAUUCUCAGUGCAAUUUACUGUAAAAGCAAGAUGCUCUUGGCUAGUAAGUGUUACAGCCAUAUCAGAUAUGGUGGGCCUGAGCAGCUUUUGCUUCAGGCUGUCUUCCACUACUCAUCCGUGUCAUCUGAAGUGUUUUCCUGACUGAGACACUGGAUACUAGUCUUUAAGUGACGAAUUUUCCUGCAGUAGAAUCCUGUAAGCCCAGUGCUGAGGGAACUGGAGGAAUCCACGGUACUGGGAAAGGCAUCCUUCCUAUGAUGGAAAUGAUGCUGCACUUGGCAGAUUUUGUGCUUUUACUCUCCCAUGUAAACGGUUCUUUCAGUACUGGAUUCUGUACGGUUGGCAAGGAUAAAGGCUUGCUUCUUUCUGUGCCCUUUGUGAGAUCUGUGAAUUCUUACCGUGCCCUUUAGGCUCAGGAACCACACCCUGCCCAGAAAUGACUCAUGCAGAGCUGUUAUAGGAAAGACUCAUCUUGCGUGAAAUCUCUGGAAUACCCCUGAAAAUCAGUUUGGUUUUGCUCUGGAAAAAGAAUGAUUAAGAGGAAUCUGCAUGCCCAGGGGAUCUCUAGAUGUAUCUGCCAUGCAAUAAUAACAAAAGAUUUGCUGUUGUAGCAGUUGGAUUAUAGAGAGUCUAACUGACCUGUGCUGGCUAGAAAUGCCUGAUGUUCGUCGUAGUGAGAGACAGUGCAGGUUUGAAUGGGAGUAAUUAAUUUCCUUAAUUUUUCUGUUUCCUCAGAAGAAAGGGAAGGUUUCAGGGAAGUUGAUUUGCUGAGAUAUUUCAGAUGCAGCUUGAAAUCAGUCUGUAAUGCAGCUGCUUGCACUGUGUGGGUUUGGGUCAGGUGCUGGGCGCCUUUUCUGGAUAUAGCAACAAAGGCUGUGAUAGAGGGUGUGGGUUUUUGUGUUUUUUAUUUAUUUUUUUUUUUUCAAAUGUAAGUCUAGUUACACAUUUGCUUAAGAUCUGACAUAGAGGGAAGAAAGAAAAUGUUUACAGUAAAAACAGAUGGGUUGCUGGUCUGUGA